AUGAACUUGUGGAUGCGUCUUCCAUGCCACCCAAACAUUGUUCCGUUUGACCGGAUUGUUAUUGACGAGCUCGAAGGUCGUGUGGUCGGAUUCACUAGCGGCUACGUGCCUGGCGGCAAUCUAGAGGAGAACAAGUCGCGCGUUUUCAGACUGAAGUGGCUACAGCAGCUUAUAAAGGUUGUAGACGACUUAAACCUCGAAUACGGCAUCGCGCACCAAGACAUCGCCCCACGGAACCUCCUCGUUGACGAGCCGACAGACUCUGUCAGGCUCUUUGACUUUAACUUUGCAGCCCGCAUCAAUUACCCUUCACCUGGGAAGGGUGAGAAUUACCUCGAGGACCGGAAUGACAUCAAAGGCGUUAUAUUCACCACCUAUGAGAUUAUUACCCAAGACAAUAGUCUCCGGAGUAUGCCUCACGAGGAUCAGAGCCUCGACAACCUCGGAUUAAAGCCCAAGCCCCCGCAGAAGACCAUUUCUCUGAAAAAUGCAUAUGGGCAGCCGUUCUGCUUUACCGUGGACAAGUGUAAGAGCAUGGACGUUAUCCUUGUAGAUUGUAACGCGGAAGCCCUCGCGUCCGCCAAGAAGCAGAUCAAUGGCAUCGUUCACACGUCGAUAGUCGACGUGGCCAACAUUUUCGAUUGGUCCAGGCUCAAGAAGGAGGAGUACGUUGUCAAGACCCUCGAGAAGAACGUCUUUGGCGUCAUCCACGGCAUCGGCGCUUUUCUGCCCGUGGUGAGAAAGGCCUCGGAAGCAAAGCCAACAGUAAAUGUGAUCACCGGCAGUGAGCAGGGCAUCACCAACCCGCCUGGAAAUGCCGCCUAUAAUGCCACCAAGGCCACUGUCAAGUCGCUCGCCGAACAGCUGAGCUUGGAUCUCGGAGAUACUAAGACGAGCGCUCACCUCUUGGACGCUGGCCGGACUCACACCGGCUUGACGGGAGCCGCAUCUGGCAAGGAGAAGCCUGCGGGUGCAUGGACACCGGAGCAGGUAGCCGAUUACCUCUAUAGGAAGAUGCCGAAGGUCCAAUUCUACAUCAUCUGCCCUGAUAAUGAUGUCGAUGAGCAGACCGAUAAGAAGCGUAUUGCUGUACGCAGUGGGUGA